GCUCCGUUAAGCGGCGGCCGCGGUUCCUGUUUCCGUUUCUUCCUCUCCUUUCAGUCGGGAGAAGCAUCCUCCACCCAGACACCCCUCCCACUCCCCAGAGCCGGGCAGCUGCGGCUGGGCUGUGGCCGCGGCGACGGGGGACGGCGCGAUCGCCUCGCUCCCGCCUCGGGUUGCUGCUGCUUUUGCUAAGAGAACAUCCAUGACUCUGAUGGUGCUUUCAUUCAACAUAAAGUGCUUUAUUUCCUUUAUUGAUUGACUGAACAAAUUCAGUGCUGAGGUUUCUUGCACAAUGAAUCAUCACCUCUCUGGAUUGGCACAUAAGAGUCCAUGAAGCUUCCUAUUCAAUCACCAGAAGGAUCUCUUUGAAAGAUUCAUCACAGGACUACCAGAGAGACUAAUUGUUCUGAAGCAUCAUGUAUUGAAACAUCCGAAGUUUUUUCAUCUGUGUACUAUCUAGAAACAGUUAUGAUGUUUUCAAUUCUUUGAGCUCCAGGAAGCUAGGAGAGUGAGUUGAAAAUCUGAAAAUGCGGCCAUGGACUGGUUCCUGGCGUUGGAUUAUGCUCAUUCUUUUUGCCUGGGGGACCUUGCUAUUUUAUAUAGGUGGUCACUUGGUUCGAGAUAAUGACCACCCUGAUCACUCUAGUCGAGAACUGUCUAAGAUUCUGGCAAAGCUGGAACGUUUAAAGCAGCAGAAUGAAGACUUGAGACGAAUGGCUGAAUCUCUCCGGAUACCAGAAGGCCCCAUUGAUCAGGGGCCAGCUACAGGAAGGGUACGUGUUUUAGAAGAGCAGCUUGUUAAGGCCAAAGAACAGAUUGAAAAUUACAAGAAACAAACUAGAAAUGGUCUGGGGAAGGAUCAUGAAGUUCUAAGAAGGAGAAUUGAAAAUGGAGCUAAAGAGCUCUGGUUUUUUCUACAGAGUGAAUUGAAGAAAUUAAAGAAUUUAGAAGGAAAUGAACUCCAAAGACAUGCAGAUGAAUUUCUUUCAGAUUUAGGACAUCAUGAAAGGUCUAUAAUGACAGAUCUAUACUACCUCAGUCAAACAGAUGGAGCAGGUGAUUGGCGGGAAAAAGAAGCCAAAGAUCUAACUGAGCUGGUCCAGCGGAGAAUAACAUAUCUCCAGAAUCCCAAGGACUGCAGCAAAGCCAAAAAGCUGGUGUGUAACAUCAACAAAGGCUGUGGCUAUGGCUGUCAACUCCAUCAUGUGGUCUAUUGCUUCAUGAUUGCAUAUGGCACCCAGCGAACACUCAUCUUGGAAUCUCAGAACUGGCGCUAUGCUACUGGUGGAUGGGAGACAGUGUUUAGACCUGUGAGUGAGACGUGCACAGACAGAUCUGGAGUCUCCAGUGGACACUGGUCAGGUGAAGUGAAGGACAAAAAUGUUCAAGUGGUCGAGCUCCCCAUUGUAGACAGUCUUCACCCCCGUCCUCCUUAUUUACCCUUGGCUGUCCCAGAAGAUCUCGCAGAUCAACUCCUAAGAGUCCAUGGUGAUCCUGCAGUUUGGUGGGUAUCUCAGUUUGUCAAAUAUUUGAUCCGCCCACAACCUUGGCUGGAAAAGGAAAUAGAAGAGGCCACCAGGAAGCUUGGCUUCAAGCAUCCAGUUAUUGGAGUCCAUGUCAGACGCACAGACAAAGUGGGAACAGAAGCAGCCUUCCAUCCCAUUGAGGAGUACAUGGUGCAUGUUGAAGAACACUUUCAGCUUCUCGCACGUAGAAUGCAAGUGGAUAAAAAAAGAGUGUAUUUGGCCACGGAUGACCCUUCUUUAUUAAAGGAGGCAAAAACAAAGUACCCCAAUUAUGAAUUUAUUAGUGAUAACUCUAUCUCUUGGUCGGCUGGACUGCACAAUCGGUACACAGAAAAUUCCCUUCGGGGUGUGAUCUUGGAUAUACAUUUUCUGUCCCAGGCAGACUUCCUCGUGUGUACUUUUUCAUCCCAGGUCUGUCGAGUUGCUUAUGAAAUCAUGCAAACCCUGCAUCCUGAUGCCUCUGCAAACUUUCAUUCUUUAGAUGACAUCUACUAUUUUGGGGGCCAAAAUGCCCACAACCAGAUUGCUAUUUAUCCUCACCAACCUCGAACUGAAGAGGAAAUCCCCAUGGAACCUGGAGAUAUCAUUGGUGUUGCUGGAAAUCAUUGGGAUGGCUAUUCUAAAGGAGUCAACAAAAAACUGGGAAGAACAGGUUUAUAUCCCUCCUACAAAGUCCGAGAGAAAAUAGAAACCGUGAAGUACCCCACAUACCCUGAGGCUGAGAAAUAAAACUCAGGUGUAAGAGAUGGACAGCCAAACUUAGUUUGAACCACUUCAGUCAACAUAGAUGAAGAAGGCCCUGACCUAACAGUGAGCAACUGGGAACUGACAGAUACUUUCUUGGUGGAAUUACUCUAUAAUAAGGGCUAAUGCCCUCAAACCCACCCACAGUACAGUGAUGUACUCACACAUAACAUGCAAGCAGAUUGUUUUCUACUUUGCCCUUUAAAUAUUAUGUCCCCAUGAACCAAACACUGCCACAUUGUGUAAUUUAAGUGACACAGACAUUUUGCGUGAGACUUCAAACAUGGUGCCUAUAUCUGAGAGAUCUAUAUGACUUAUUGAGAAGACCCAAACCAGUUCCCUGCUGUGGGGAAGUUGAUUCUUAGCCAGUGGUGGUGUUGUGACCACUGAAUUCACUCCAAUCAACAGAUUCAAAAUGAGAACGAAUUUUUUUUCCUUUAUAGGAUUGUCUGGAUUUUUUUUUAAGUAAUUGCAUCAGUUCAUCCACCUCAUCAUUAAUAAGUAAAGGAUACAUUAGAAAAUAAAAUAAUUCACUCUCCACUAGGAACUUUUGUAAAACAAUGCCAUGAACAAAUUCUUUAGUACUCAAUGUUUCUGGACAUUCUCUUUGAUAACAAAAAAUAAAUUUUAAAAAGGAAUUUUGUAAGGUUUCUAGAAGUUUAUAUCACUGGAUAAUGUGGUGGUCAUAUUUAUAGUAGGACUCUGAUAAAUAGAGGAGUUUUAUAGUUUUUCAGCUUCUUUUUUUAGUUUCUUCUAUUGAGUGAUUAAUCAGGCCUUUACUGGAAGAGACAUUGGUCUAUUUUAAUACUGAAAACUGAUUUUAGUUGUUAGAUAUAACACAGUUACUAAGAAUAUUCUUUGGGAGCUUGCAUUCUUUUUAGACAUUGUUAGUUUGUUUUAUUUGAAUGAAAUAAUCAUACUCAUUGCUCCUGGAGAAACUGUUAGGUCCAUUUUAAAAACUAACCAGGUUUGUUCAGGAAUCUUUCUUAUUAUGGCUGUUGUCACUUUUUGUGCCUGUGAGGGUUCUGUCAUUGUACACAGGAGUCAAUUUGUGCCCUUUCCUGUCAUCAUCUGUUUUUGAUAAUCCCAAGAAUCUUUGGAGUUGGGAAGUUGACUUUGUGAAUUGUGUAUUUCAUAGUAUGUAGAAUUUUGUGAACAAAGGAAAAAGCAACCAGAAUGAGACCCAAAACAGACUUGAGAUUAUCUGGUCUAAUAUUUUCUUUUAGUAAUUCCAUGUUGAAAUCACUUGAGAAGAUAAAAGUUAGAUACCCUCUCUCUAAACAUCACUUUUCUCCUCAUAAGAACAGUCCCUGUUUGUGGGUAGUGUGUCUCCUACAGAUUCUUUGCAUGAAUAUUUCAUAGCAUAUGUUCUGUGUUCUAAAGGAAAAACUCUGUCCAUGUAGGAGCCAAUAUUAGGCCUGAUAUUAAAUAUCAGGGAUCUCAGAAAGGAAAACUCACUAACCUAAGUGAAAAUAUCUGUAUAUAAAAUAUUUCAAACAUCCCAAAAUUCUUUUCACCUCUCAAGUCACACCUUCCCAAAGAGCAAAAGUAACCACCUACACUGUCAAGUAAAGCAAUUUGCCAUUUAGUUUUGGAACAAAUAAAAACCACUGGAAAAGGUAGGUGUGGUAGUGCAAGCGUGUAAUCCUAGCUACCCAAGAGACAAGGCAGGAGGACUGCAAAUUCAAUUUCAGUCUAAGCAACUUAGACCCUGUCUCACAGUAAAAUUCUGAAAAGGGCUGAGGAUGUAGCUCAGUGGUAGAGUGUUUUCCUUCCAUGUGCAAGGCUCUGGCUUUAAUCCCCAGUACCACCAAAGGAAAAAAAAACAUUGAACAGAAUCUCCAACUAAGAAGAGGUACUUCUGAAUAUGAGUUACUCUGCUGUUUAUCUCUUUUGUCAUCAGAAUAUCAGUAACUGUGGAUCUGAUUUGUAGAUCUGAUUUGUGCCUUUGUAGAGAGCUAAAGAUAAAUCAGUCUCUUUUCAGUUCUAAGUUGACCCAGUUCCAUAAGCAAAAGGACCAAAGAAAAGAAAUAUGAAGGAAAUAAAUGAAGAACUGUUUCUGAAAUGGAGGCAAAGACUUAAUUUUCGAUAUUUUAUCUUAGUGCUUGACUUUCCAUUAAUUCUAUUUCUUUUCUGAGAUUGCCUCUUUUUAUUCACUACAAGCAUGUUUUCCUUCAUUGAAUAUGGCUGUAGUAACUACUUUAAAAUCCUUUUCUGAUAAAGCCAACAUCAGUAUAAUCUCAAAAUUAGCCUUCACUGUUUUUUUUUUUUAUAGAAUUUAUCAGUUUUGUUUUGGUUUGGUUUGGCCCCUCAUAUGUUGAGUAAUUUUAGAUCAAGUCCUGAACAUUGUAAAUGUGUUGUAGAUUCUGUUAUAUUCCUCUGAAGAAUGCUGAUUUCUUAAUUUAUGUUAGUUGGCAUUUAACUUUAUUGGACUCAACUUAUAAACUCUCUUAGGCAGUAACUCAAAUCUCAAUUCAGUUCUAUAUUUAGCUGGAAACUGUUCAAGGAGUGAACCCAAGAUUUGGGUAGAGAUUAUACAAAGAAUUUAAGACUACUUACUUUUCUUUGGCUCUCCUUUGAUUUCCACUCUUACUUUCCAUCAUCUGUAGUUGCUGUUUCUGUGGUGUUCUCUAAUUCUUCAGCCAGAAAGACUGCAUCUUUCUAUCAGCCUGAAAAGACAUAAAGAUGGGAAACUUACCUUGUGCUAGUCUCUUUUUCCAAGUUUCAGCUUCUCUCCAAAAUUUGCCUGGGUUUUGUUCAGUCUUCAGUACCUUUAGGCAGUUUUUUGGGUUUUUGAAAGUGUAUAGUUGUUACCUGUUAGGUUGGUUCAUAGGCGGCUUACUCCGUCAUACAGGAAAUGAAGCUCUCAGGGUGAGACUUAACAAUGAGAGAAUGCGGGAGAAGUAGGGCAGACUUAUUUCUGUGAUAGCCCCUGUUUAGACUGGCCUUAAUAGCUAAGCCAGUAAGCCUCAAGCAGGCAAAAAGGUGAAGAACAAAACUGUUAAGUGUGCAGAUGUGAAUGACUAAGGAAUACUGCUGACCGUAUAUUUCUCAGAAACUUUUAGAGCCACUAUUUUGCAGAUCAUCAUGUAUGUCAUGGUUACUCCUUCUGUCAUUUUGAGAAAGCUGCUAUUUGCUCACCUUUGGUGUACUUUCCUCCACAAAAACUUAGUACUUAAAAGCCCUGCUAUUAGGAUUAAAUUAAGAGGACUUGGAUCUUUUCCUAGUUAGAUGACUCACUUCUGAAAAAACCUUAUUAAGAACUGGAUUAUUAGCCUGGACUCACUGAAUAUGGGCAACAGGAUCCUGGAUAUAUUGCUGUGUGUCACAGUGUACUCCUGUAAUCCCAGCCACUCAGGAGACUAAAGCAGUAGAAUUGCAAGUUCAAGCUCAGCCUGGGAGAUCUAGUGAGGCCCUGUUUCAAAAUAAAGAGGGCUGGGAAUGUAGCUCAGUGGUAGAGUGCCCCUGGGUUGGAUCUGCACAACACCCCACACACACACACUCUGCAAAAAAUGGAAUGUAAGUAUUAAUGACAAGCAGUCCACCAAGGCCUGAUCAAGGCUGUCCUGGCUUUCCACUCUUGCCUGAUAUAGCACUAACUAGAAUACUGAUUGUGUUCAAGCCUGUUGUAAAUGGACUCCCAGUCUUAAUCCUGGGUUUCAUUGUGUCCCAAAUGAAUAAGAGACUAAUUGCUUCCCUCUUUGACCUUUAGUUUUUCCUGCUGCGUAGAGCCAGUACUACCAGAUUCCCUCUUAAUAAAGUUGAGAAAAUGAAUAGCCCCAGCUUCUGGGGGAGUUGAAGUUUAAAAGAGAAAAUGCACAUUUUAAAAAACACUUCCUGGAAUGAUUAUUGUCAUCAUUUAGUUUUAAGCAAAAACAAUCAUUAUUUAUUCAGUAAGGAGGAGAAACAUUGCGAUCUAAAUAGUGUCUUGAAGAUUCUCCUCUGCCUUACUGCAAGUUCACUGAAAAUAAACCUCUCCUACUUGAGGGGAAGUGCACAGGUCUCCUUUGGCCACAGCCAACAGUGGGAUAUUUCAUUUGAGCUCCCAGGACACUACAGUGGGAUUAAUAGACCUAUACAGAAUGGAUGUAUGGUGUGGGGGUUAAGUUUGGGAAACUUCAUUAUAACACCCAUUUUAUAUAUAUAUAUAUAUUAUAUAUAUAUAUAUUUUUUUGGUACCUGAGUUUGAACUCGGGUCCUUCCACUUGCAAGGCAGGUGGCGGAAACACUGAGCUAAAUCCCCAGCCCACACCCAUUAUAAUUUAUGCCAGAUAAGGUCUAGGGAUAUUUUUAAGUGCAGUGCCUUGAGGGGAACACAAAGAAGACUAUACCUCUAUACUUGUUCCUGACAGUGGUCUCCCUCAUGGAAACAUGGCAGACCUAGUCCAAGAUCCUUGUCGGGGCGGAGGCAGGCCUUAGAAAGUUCUCUGGUUUUACUGUCAUUAACAUUAUUUGCCCUUUGUGCAUCAUUUUUGUUCUCUAUGCAAGUCAGAAACAGACAGCCAGGUGACAACUGAACUGGACUUGAGGUGGCAAAGCUGAAUAAUUCAGUUGCCACCUGCUUUCUCUUUUUAGCCUUAAGACCAUCUUAUUUUGUAUUUCUACUACCUUUAGAGUGAUCUCAUGUGAAUGAUUUCCUUGUACUAUUCCACUCCUCAUACAGUUCAUAAUGCUAAUUGCUUUUAUAGAUUAUCAUUUUUCCAUUAGCAUCUGAAAGAGAUAAAGGGAAUCAGAUAGCUUUGUGGGAAGUUUUUAGGUAGGAUAUUUGUGGACUUAAGUUAUAAUGAACCAAGGUACUAUGUAUUCAUAUCUAUUUAAGCUAAAGAAUUCCAAGAUUUUUAUAAAUCAGUGUCACUAUACUCGAGAGUGUGGCUAGGGCCACACUUUUAUAUAAAACUAUGUCACUCUGAACAGAGCUUACACAUUUUAAAAAGGGUAUUAAAGACUGACCAUGGCCAUUUGAUGUUUUGGGAGAGAGCCAGGAAGAGUUCCAAGCUCCUAAUGACCCCCUGCCAUAACUGUUGUCAUCAUUAACUGUUCUCCGUAACCUCUCCUCCCACGUCAGUGUCCUAUGGAGGCUAUUAUUCCCUAACUGCCUGUGUGGGUGGAGGAAAAGGCCAUUAAGCAAAAAAAAUGCAACAUAUUUGUUCAUAACCCAGCUGGGUAUGGGAGCAUCUGUGGAGGCUGGGAAUGUGCAGUACUUUGUCUGGUGAGCACAGACACUGUAGGCUGUGGGGGUGGUCAGCAGCCUGAGGAAUGAUGGGGCCUAGCGGUCCUGACUAGUCACACUCCCUAGUAGAUUGCAGCCCCAAGAAAUGUCUGACUCUGCAAGAGAAAUGGAGGGUGGUAUGAGCAAAGGCAGAAGACCGAGUUCUCAGUUUUGUUUCCCUUCAUCAUAGUGCCUACAAGAAGGUAAUGUCCCUGAAUCUCAGGUUCUCUAAAGAAAAAUCAACAGGUCUCUGAAGAUCAUUGAAAUGGGAUUCUGAACAUCGUGUUCUGAUUUUGAAUGUGCCAUUAAAUGUAGAUGGGCCAAAUGGUUUUGUAGAACUUCAUUUUCUUCAUCUGUGGAAUUAAUUGGUUGAGUUUAUUCAAGAUUUGCAAAAGUGGUUGUCAGGUUGGGUUCCACAUAUCUAAAGGGGUAGCAACUGUUCAGCCUCAGCUGAUUGUUGUCCUAAGGACAUAAUACAAGCAGAUUUUUAUUUUUCUAGACAAACAAAAUCCAGUUUUUAUGCAUAAUCUUCAGAUUUUUAAAGUGCAGCAGUUUAAUUUUAACAUCUAUAAAAUAGUAAAAGGACCAAGUAUAGCUGUGGCUACUUUUGUUCUCUGCCUCAUUAGCUUAUAAACUCUAGACUAGAUAGAAAACUUCAAGAUUAUGUCUCUAGAAAGGAUUGGCAACAGGUGCUUAAUACUUCUAAGUUUGGUUAUUGCAGAUGUUCCAAUUAUUUGGAAGUACCUGCUUGGCUGGAUCAUCCAGAGCUCAGAAGUUACUUAGUAUGCUCUAAAGGACAGCUAGCUGUGCUGUGGCACCUCAUACACUGGCCUGAUAAGAGGGUGGGUAACUUCUGAGUUCUCUUCUACCCCUAAAUUUCUGAGAACAGUCAUGGUAGAGUCUUGAAAUCCUAACAGGGUCAUAAGUGGUGCCAACUGGAAGUUAUCUAGGUAAGGAUCCGGGACAGCCUGAUUUGGUAGCAAGAGGAACAAGGACCUAUCUGUGACCAAGUGACCAGGUCUUUUUCUAGACCUGUUACAACAGAAAAAUUCCUUACCUAAUUAACAGGCUAUUUAAAACCACUUGUUUAUAUUUAUAAAUUAUUUUGUUUGUUUUCUUUCCCACAUUUGCUUCCUAGUAAAGCUGCUUUCUUUCAGAGAAUCACAGCUUUGUUCCAGCUAAAUUAAAAGAAGAGAGGUUUGUAGAUAAUGAGGCCAAGAGACCUGAGGCAUCAGGGUUUUCUUGGAGGUGUGGGAGGGGG